AUGAAUGUGCUGUUGGCGCAGCCGCCAGUCUUCCCUCAUCAACACGAAAACCCCCGUCUCUCUCCUUCCCGCGGCAUGUCCCCUUUGUCCAACAUGGCGUCCAAAUCGAACAAGCGGCAGCGUGAGGAUGAUGGCGACGAGAUGAGUGUCUCGCCCCAGAGCUCACCAUCCCUGGCCCAACGGCAGCUGGCGAGACCAAGAAAGAUGCGCAGGGUCCCUGAACCUCAGGCCCGAAGCCUCCCUCUGCCUCGACUCCUGGAGACCCUCGACAACAAUCAGCUACGGACAGUCCUUCAGACUAUCUGCGAUCAGCGGCCGGACAUCCAGGAGCAGGUCCUGAGCGGUGCCCCCCGGCCUACGGCUGCGAACUCGUUGCAGGUUUUGGAAUCGUAUCAACAGAAGCUCGUUGAGGCCAUGCCGCUGGGCCACUCCAGCUCUGACUACGCCUACUACAGGGUGAAACAUCAUCUUGGUGCGCUGGUGGACGCCAUCAUGGACUUCACACCUCAGUACCUACCUCCCGCCGAAGACCAGGCCAGCAUAUCGCUCAUGUACCUCGAUGGUGUUACCAAGAUCGCCCAUUCGCUGCCCAACUGGGACAGCCAGACGUACAGGCACCACAAGGAUCACGUCUAUGACGAGAUAGCAAAGGCAUGGACAAUGGUCAUCUCGGAGGCCGCCAAACGGGGCGGCGGCUUCACACUGCACCGAGAGGGAUGGGAUCAGCUUCUAGCAAAGCAUAACGAACAGGCCGGUGGACGGCUCCAGCCUGCAGUCAACACCCUGGCGAACCAUGUCGGCUGGACCAGCGCGGACCAGCACGCUACUGCGGGUGGAUCGUCAGGUCAGGACUCGAUCCUGGACCAGCUGCUCAACGGAUCAUACGGAUCUGCUGUCAGAGUUGGGCCAUUCUAG